AUGGAAGCAGAAGACGUAGAUUUAGAGAGAAUUUUGCAACGUACAAAAGAGCGAGAAUUACUCAUUGAAAAGGAAAACGCAUUAUUAAAUUGCAAAUUAGAAUCAACGUUGCCACAGACUAGCUCGGAAUUGAUAAUAUCGCGUCCACUUCUGAAUAGGAAUAAGGAGCCGAGCAUUCACCCAAUUUAUCCAACUCAAGAAUUAGAACUAAUGAAAAGAGUUUCACUCGAUAAUUCCCGAAAUCAAUGUUCUGAUUCACUGCACGAUGACGAUACCACAGAUAAAUCAUGUAAUGAAAAACUGCGCGCUCGAUUUGCUGCUCUUGCUGCUAAUGUCGAAAAUUUCGAAUGCGAUAUAAAACCUAUACGCUCCAAAAAAUCAUUCCUGAAAGGACCAUCACCACGUCUGAGUAGUGAUGAUAUGUCCCCAGCAGUACUAUUUACACCUACCCUCAGCUAUUAUCCACCAGCUUCAGUCACCAAGCUUUCAACCAGUUCUUUGCCUCGGAUUAAUGAAGAAAAACCAGUGUGCAAUCUCAAUGAUGAAAAAAUAGCAUAUGCCGAUGAAUCGUUUGACAAAACGAAUGAUCAGGAGGAAAUGACUGCAACAACAGUUGUUUACAGACUAACAGAAUCACCAAAAUCGAACAACUUACUGCGUAAUGUGAGCGAAAAACAUUUGCGAUUUGUGAUACCUGCACGUGAAUUCACCGAGGAUUCUUUAACUGAAAAAUAUCCCGCUGGAACACAGUUGAAAAAUGAUGUGACCGACAAUAAAAAGCUGUCAGAAUUCAAUGCUAACAAUUGUUCCGAGAGUGAAGAGUACGGAAUUCACAAAUUUUUUAGACGCAAAAUAGAAGAACCACUGAAAUCUCCAAGCGAUGUUGGUAACAAUUGUAACAAACGAAAUCUCAGCGAGUCGAAGUUAAGUAAAGGUAUUGAUGAAAUCACGGCAGCUGUAAAUAAUGCCACUGCGACAGUUUCAGUUGAUGGUGAUAAACUAACCCACACAAAACAAAUGGCGAAACAAUUUGAUGAAAAAAUCCAUGAGGAAAGGUUGAAAACAAAAGCUGGUUCCAAAAUCAGUGUCGUGCUUUCGAAGUUCGAACAUCACCAUUCUCAAUCGAGAACAGAAUCUGAUUAUGCUGAAAUUGACACUCGUUCUGCAGACGUGAAAAGUUUACUUGAUAGAUGGGAGGUGUCUUCUACUACUGGUACUCCUUUACAUCCAGAUCAAAAGGAAGAUGAGCUUUUACAGGCUGCAAUGCGGAUGGCAAAAUCAUUUAAACAAAGAAAGAUGAGACCACAGUCAUACUGUGAAACAAAAAGUUCAGUUCAAACUUCUGAUUUUCGACCAAUAUCGACAGCCUGCUCUAUUUCUUCCAUUCAGCCCACCGAAAGUAUACUUCAAGAUUUCGCAAUUAAAAGCGAACAAGAUGCUGUUCAGGAAGAAUUAAGCAAAGUGAAAAUUUCCGACAAAAGUAACGAUGAGCCUAAUCAGCUCAUUGAUGACGCUUUUCAGUUCAUCCAUCGAACACCAGAUAGAAAUUCUUCUCUCAUGUCAGCCAUUCUCAGUACACCUGAAAUUUGUACUUUAUCGUCUCCAACUGCGGUAUCGACUGUUCGUGAGAAUGUUGAGGCACUAGUUCCUCUGGCACAUUCAGUUUCUUUUUAUCGAAGAAAAGAAAAAGAAAACCGAUCGGGGAGUGAAACAGUAGUGCUUGGGCAAUUUACUCCAUCGCCGUUCAGUAGUACUACCGUUCUCAGUCGUGCUAUAUCAAAAACAAAUAUGAAUGAUCGAGCGAAUUUCGAAAUCGAGCGAGCACGUUUAGAAAAGGCAAUCAGUGUGCAACAAGAACAGAUUGUCCAAGCGUCACGGGCGCUGUCAUUUUGCCACAGUACACAAGAAUUUAGAGGAAGUCGUGAAGAGGUUGAUGCACAGCGAGCACUUCUGAUAGCAACGGAACGGAGACGUGCUUUAAUUUUUGUGCUUGAUCGGUUAAUUCAAAAACAUGCAACCGGAGGCGUCCAACACUCUAUUUCAGAUGAACCAAAAGGAAAUUUAACAUUUUCGGAUAUUUCUGUGAAGCUAAUGCGUGAUUUUGUCAAUGGACAUAUCAAUUACCACGAUGAUCAGCUGUUAUUUUACUUCAUCGUGCUGAUACGAUAUGAAGAAACAGUCCAUCAUACAACUUUAACUACCAGCGAUGAAGGCAUUUGUUCUGGAAGACUUGAAUUUCCGCAUUAUAUCCAGUUUCGAUCACUUCCUCAUGAUUUCAGUUGUACAUUGGAAAUUUUUGCUCUCAGAACGCGACGAGAAUUGCUUCGUCAUGAAACGAAAUACCACAUUAAAAGUGGCAAUUCAUUAAAGAAGUCUCAGAAAUCGAUGUUUUCACCAGUUCCAGGACUAGUCUCACUCGGUGGACCAUCAGCAGUAAUAGACCCAUCAUUCCAACGUGUUGGACAUUUAUUACUUAAUAUAUGCAGUGUGAAUAAAAAUAGAUUCCAUCUCUCUGACACUCUUUAUCCACUUGAUGGAGUCGUCGAAAUGAAAGUUCGUUGUUAUGCGGAAGAUUGUGGCACCGUUGGUUAUAAAGGUUUUUUGAGUUUAUAUCAGCCAGUUGAAAACAUUGCUUCAUGGGCUCGAUUCUGGUGUGUGCUUUGGGAUGGGCAGUUACGAUUUUGGCGAUAUCCCGAGGAUGAAAGCACGAAAAUACCAGUAGUAAGUAUUGACUUAAGAACAUGCGCAUGCAACAAAAUUAAACCCAUUCCUGUGGAACGUUGCCCAUAUCCGAACUCAAUGCAAAUCGAUGUCUGGUUACCUAACAACUGUGCGCAAAAGCCGGACAGAAUAAGGAUUCUAAUGGCAGCGGAUCGAAAAGAUGAAAUGCAUUCGUGGCUUAAUGCAAUGAAUAUCUCACUUCGAAAUUUAACACUUUGGUCAUGCCCAUCGUAA